AUGUACCCCAACACCUCCCUAAUCCUAACCAACAUCCCCACGGGCCUCCCCACCCCCCACAAAGACCUAACCCCCCUCCCCCGCCCCCUCGACAUCACCACCCCACCCACAGACCCAAACACCCUCCUCACCAAGCUCCUCUACGCCAGCCUGGACCCCUACAUGCGCGGGCGCAUGCGCCCCGCCCACAUCAAAUCCUACAGUCCACCAUACCCCCUCAACUCGCCCAUCACGGCCUUCGCCGUAGCCCAGGUGGUGCAUUCCACGCACGCAUCCUUCAAGCCGGGCGAGAUCAUCUACGCGCGUCUGCCUAUCCAGGAAUACAGCGUGCUGGCUGUAUCCGCAUCCCCUGCCCCUGCCACCGGCGAAGCCGGCAGCGAAGAAGAGCAGCUAUGGAUGCUCGAGAACAGCCUCGACGGAGCGAACAGCCCUAUCCGGAAGAUCCCAACCCCACUACCAUCUGGGAUUGAGCUGUCCCAGUAUGUAGGGAUCUUGGGCAUGACGGGGUUGACAGCGUACGCGGGGCUGUUUGAGAUCGGGGAGCCGAAGAAGGGCGAGACGGUGUUUGUGAGUAGUGCUGCUGGGGCGGUGGGGAGUGUGGUGGGACAGUUGGCGAAGAGGAUUGGGUUGGCUUGUGGAAUGGUCUCACAGUAUAAUCUCAAGCCGGAGGAGCGGUAUGGGGUUAAGAAUCUGUAUAAUGUUGUCACGAAGAGAUUGCGCAUGCGUGGGUUUAUUGUUGGGGAUAAGGACAUGGGACCUAAGUGGAUCAAGGAGAGGGAUGAGAAGGUUACUGCUUGGCUCCAGGAGGGCAGUAUCAAUGCCAAGGAGGAUAUCACGGUGGGCAUUGAGAAUGGUCCCGAGGCGUUUGUUGCCAUGUUGCGCGGGGAGAACUUGGGCAAGGCGGUUUUGAAGAUUGCCGAUCCUGACCUGUAGACUGAGCUCAGUUGUUUAGUUCUGUAGCGAGUUAUCAGAAGUACCAGCACGAUAAGUAGAGUACUAUAGAUGAAGAGAAUUGC